UGACUUGUGCCGCAAGAAACUCCAAAGCUCGGUGCAGUCGUCGGCGAUGGGCAUGCUGCAGUCGGCGGCGUCCGCGGUGCAGAACGACUGGACAGAAGAUCUGGACGUGCCUGCGAAGCCCAAGGGUAACGUCCAAAUGGCGCUGGCCGGAUCGCACUCCAAACUGGCGAAAUUCCUGGAGGAGCACGCGCGGAUGGACAAAUACAGCUUCCUGAGCCACGAGGUCUCCUGCGGCUAUUACCAGUUCCGGGUCAGCGAGACGCCCCCGCUCACCAGCCAUUUCACUCGGGCGCUGAAGAACCUCCCGGAGCAGUACGACAGCAAUUCCAAGCUGGAGUACCAGCAACUCAUCAGCUACUACGGCACCCACUACGUGUCCCAGGGGGACCUGGGGGGCCGGGUGCGGGAUGUGACAGCCGUACCGGUCUGUGACGCAGCGCUGAGCGGCUUGACAGACGACGAGAUCAAGGACUGUUUGAACGCCGAGGCGGCUGUGAGUGUCAGAAAGGGCUCGACCAAGGGUGGGUACAGCAGAUGCGAGGAGGCGAAGAAGAAGGGGACCGUUCAGGAGAGCUUCCACGAGACGUAUCAGGAGCGCCACGUGGCGGUGGAGGGAGGACACAGCACAACCGACGUCCUCUUCUCCGGGAAGGACGCCAAAGUCUUCUCAGCAUGGGAGGAGAGCCUCAAAGCCAGCCCUGGCCUGGUGUCCUAUUCCCUGCAGCCCAUCCACAGCCUGGUGGAGCAGGACGACCCCAAGCGGGAAGAGCUGAGUCGGGCGGUGAGUGAGUACAUCACUAAAAGGGCCCUAUGGAGGAAUUGCACCCAGAGCUGUCCCCCAGGGACCGAGCGCAGCGCCCACGACCCCUGCUCCUGUGUCUGCCCUGGGGAUGUGGUGACCAACACCAUGUGCUGCUCGCGGGAACGUGGCCUAGGGAAGCUGAUCGUGACUGUGCAGAAAGCCAGUGGCCUCUGGGGGGACUACAGUUCUGCUACGGAUGCUUUUGUCAAGGUCUUCUUUGAGGGCAAGGAGGUCCGGACCAACACCAUCUGGAACAACGACAAUCCCACCUGGAAGAAUGCCAAUUUGGACUUCGGCACCGUCCGCCUCACCAGCACCAGCAAGAUCCGCGUGCAGGUCUGGGACGAGGACAACAAGUUCGAUGAUGACAAGCUGGGAAACUGCGACAUCCCGCUGGAGUCUGGGGGGCCCCACCAGAAGGAUUGCUACAUGAACCACGGCCGUGUCUGGUUCCAGUACAGCCUGCGCUGUGGGCCCCACCUCGGGGGUCAGGGCUGCUCUGACUAUGUCUCCCAGCCCCCCCGGCAGAGCACAGCCCAGGGGAAGGAGGCAAAGGCCUUCUGGUGAGCCCCUUAGCUAAGGGAUCGGAGAGGGGGCUGGGUGUGCACUGGUCAAUUGCGCAUCUUGUCCGACCAUUUCCUGGCUCCCGCUCUGCUGAUCCUGCUCUUCAUGCUGUCGCUCCUGCUUGGGAUUCGGCGUGUCCUGUGCCUGUAAGAGACUGUCUGCUCCCGUGAGCCCCUCAUCCUC